ACCGUCCAUCUCAAGUGGUGCGGUUUGCUCAUCCCAUGGAACUUUGGCGGAGUCUGUCGCCAUCGUUGACGGUGAUGUCUACAGCACAUUUGGUGGCGAUGGAGGGCGGCGGUAAUGACGAGCGUGGGAAGUUGACGACAGCGGAGAGGACGGCAGUGGCAGCGGCCGUUACCGCUGUCCUUUUCCAUUGUCAGGUGGAGAGGAUGGCGGGGAGAAUGAAAGCGCAGAUCCGCGCGUGGAGGAGGAUGGCGGGGAGUAUGGCGGUGGAAGGGUUGAACACCGCCGCCAUCUGCAAUGUCGUCCUUCAGGUGUGCUGCGCCUUGGGUUGUGUUCUUCCCAGAGUGACGCCCAAGUGGUGGAUGAAAAGAAGGACGGGGGGGACGGGGGAGGAUCUGCGGCAAUGCAACGACGUGUUGGAGAAAUACUUUCGGGACACGCUGCGCAUGUCGCCACGUGUCUUCGGGGAGAUUGCGGAAACUUUGUCGCCCUUCCUGCAGUGGCGUGUGACGUUCUACAGGGAACCGUUGCAGCCUGAUCAGAUCGUUGGCUAUGCAUUGUAUCGGUGGGCGUUGGGGGUGACGUACAAGAGCAGCACGUGUAACUUCGGCAUUGGCAAAGCUUCAGGUUUGGUGGCGGUGUGGGACGUGACAAUGGUGUUGCUGACGGUCUAUCGUGAGAGGAUAUCAUGGCCUACGGGGGUGUGCAAGUCCUUCGUGCUUUCGCUGACAAGGGCUUCCCCAACUGCCAUGUGCGCAUCGACUGUACUCAUAUCUACAUCGACAAGCCGGAAUGGCCCGAGCGAGGACUACUAUGAUUGGAAACGAUGUUUCAUAAUAAUUGUGCAGGUAGUUGUCGAUCUGAACUUGCGUGUGUUGGAGGUCUUUGUCGUCUAACCACGAAGCUGCCACGAUGUCAGGAUGAUUCACCUGUUGAGUCUAUGGCGGCGUGUCGAGGCCGGGGAGCUUUUCACGGGACCGCCUGUGAUGAUCCCCUUCCAAGUCCAGACGAACGGCUACCUGUUUGGCGCCAAUGGUUACCCCCCGUCCGAAUGGAUAGUUGUUCCCUAUGGCUGCACUACUCAUCACCCGUCGGAGAUGCACUUUGACAACAAACAAAAGACCACGAG